CGGCGCUGCAUCACAAGCCCAUUCUCGGUCGCCACAAUACUUCGUCCAUCGUCGGUUCCCCGCUGCCUCCGCGCCAUGUCGACCUCUGCCCGUAGCCCGCUGCGCCUCCGCGCCGCCGAUGAUAUGCACCACCACCUGCGCGACGGCGCGGCCCUCAAGCUCACGGUCGAGCAGGCGUCAGCGCAGUUCCGCCGCGUCGUGGUCAUGCCCAACCUCGUGCCGCCGGUCACGACCGCCGAGAAGGCCGUCGCGUACCGCGAGCGCAUCCUUGCGCACGUGCCCGCGGGCCGCGCCUUUGAGCCGCUCAUGACGUUGUACAUGACGGAUGGCACGACGCCCGAGACGAUCCGCGCGGCCAAGGCCUCUGGUGUUGUCCACGCCGUCAAGUACUACCCUGCUGGCGCGACGACCAACUCGGACUCGGGCGUCACCAAGAUCGACAACAUCUACCCCGUGCUCGAGACCAUGGCGGAGCUUGGCAUGCCGCUGCUCGUCCACGGUGAGGUGACGGACCAGACCGUUGACAUCUUUGACCGCGAGGCCGCGUUCAUCGAGUCGGUGUUGAAGCCGCUCAUUGCGCGCUUCCCGCGCCUCAAGCUUGUCAUGGAGCACAUUACGACCGCCGACGCCGUCAAGUUUGUGUCGGAAGCGCCUGCGAACGUCGGCGCGACCAUCACGUGCCAUCACUUGCUGUACAACCGCAACGCCAUCUUCCAGGGCGGUCUUCGCCCGCACAAGUACUGCCUCCCGGUGCUGAAGCGCGAGACGCACCGCCUUGCGCUGCUCGGGGCCAUCCAGAGCGGCAGCCCCAAGUUCUUCCUCGGCACGGACAGCGCGCCGCACAUCGUCGAGAAGAAGCACUCGGGCUGCGGCUGCGCCGGCAUCCAUACCGCCCACGCGGCGCUCGAACUCUACGCCGAAGCGUUUGAUGCCGCCGGGUGCCUCCCGCAUUUCGAGAAAUUUUGCUCGGAGAACGGCGCGCGCUUUUACGGCCUGCCGCUCAACGACGGCAGCGUGACGCUGGCGCAUACGACGUGGACGGUCCCGGAAUCCUACGCCUUUGACACGAGCGCCGUCGUGCCGCUCCGUGCUGGCGAGACGAUUGCGUGGAAGAAGACCGACUAAGUCCAAGCCGCAUGCAUCCAUACAUCCCACGUAUUUUCGUUGCACGCUUCUACGUUGCUAGCGUCCUUGCAUGGGCAUGUGUAUAUGGAGGGAAUUCGAGGUCUCAAGUAGUCGGAGGAUGGCCAAGAGUCAAUAUAAACAGUGGAAUGACCCUUGCGUGGGC